AUGCAUUUAAUUGAAAGACAGCUUCAAAAUGCAAUCAACAAACUAGUAACAUGGUGUGAUGAAAACGGGCACACCAUCUCUCCAGAGAAAAGUCGGUGCCUCCAUUUUUGCAGAAAACGUAGUUUUCACUCGGAACCUAAUAUUUAUAUUCGUAGCCAUGCUAUUCCAGUUGUUGAUGAAAUACGUUUUUUGGGGGUCGUAUUUGACCGCAAACUCACCUUCAUUCCGGAUGUUUUAUACUUGCGAAGGAAAUGUGAGAGAACCUUGAACAUCUUAAAAGUCCUCUCCAGAACUUCUUGGGGAGCAGAUCGAGCCUCCCUAAUCCGUAUUUAUGAGGCAGUCAUUCUUUCCCGUAUCGAUUACGGAUGCAUGGUGUAUGGAUCCGCACGUCCUAGUGUUUUGCGCAGACUGGAUACUAUCCAUCAUUCUGCAUUAAGAAUCUGCUCUGGUGCCUUUCGAACAUCCCCGAUAGAAAGUUUAUACAAUAUUUGUUAUCAACUACCUCUCUACUUAAGGCGUAAAAAAAUUGCAGCCUUGUAUUACUUCCGAACGCAGUCUCUCCCGAAGCACCCUAUAUCUGAAUUAACACUUCCAGUUGGUCUUGGGAGAAUUUAUGACGUUCGUUCCUCUUGCAUUCCACCGUUCAGUGUGAGAUUGAAAAAGCUUUUGCAGGACUCGGAUUUUAAUUUAACAAUUAUGUCUACAAAUGUCUUUUGCUUUGCCCCAUGGGAUAAUCCAGAAUUCUCCUUUUUAAAUCCAUUUUCUGGAUAUGAUAAAUCCACAACAGCAUCUGUGGUUUUUCAACAGAUAUUUCUCUAUCAUCGCUGUGAGUAUUCAUCUUUCAUCCCAGUUUUUACAGAUGGCUCGAAAUCAGAUGGACAUGUCGGAUUUGGCAUUGUACUUCCAUCUGGUACACUGAGCUAUCGUUUACAUACCUGUUCUUCUGUUUUUACUGCGGAACUAAUGGCAAUUUCCUCUGCCCUUCAUGAAAUUUCAAUGUCUACUUAUCGCAGCUUCAUUAUUUAUACUGACAGUAUGAGUGCUUUAGAGACGCUCUCCCACCCCGACAAUCAAAUGCAUCCUGUCGCCUUAGAAAUUCUAAAUAGUUUAGUCCUUCUUCGAAAUAAGACAUUUAAUAUUUUAUUUUGUUGGGUACCGAGUCACUCGGGCAUUUCUGGGAAUGAGGCAGCAGACUGUGCUGCAAAAGCUGCUUCUUCAUUUCUUUCACAAAAUAUUCCUUACUGUGAUGCGAAGAAGUUUUUUCUUUGUCAUCUUUAUUCCACUUGGCAGGCAAACUGGAAUGAGCAAAUUGACAACAAAUUGCAUACCAUUAUAUCUUUAAUUGGAUUAUGGCCUGUGCUCCCUGUACGGGGGUUGGAUGUUAAAUUGACCCGCCUCCGUAUAGGACAUACACGUCUAACUCAUAAACAUCUAAUUUGUGGAGAGAGGAAACCCAUGUGUCCUACAUGCAGUACAGAUUUUAGUGUGAAACACGUUCUUACUGAAUGUCCUGAUUUUAAAUUCCAUCGCAAGCAGGAUCACACAAAGCAAUAUCUUCAUGAUCUCAAUAAAGCAAAAGAACUAAGAUCCCAAAUGGAAAUCUUAGAAGAAGAAUUAAAGUACUUUAAGAACUUAAGCCCUUGCCCUGUAGAACACUGCCAAUUGCACCCAACAAUUGCUGAAAAUCCUCAAAUGGAAAUAGAGCAGCCGUUCCAGGAACCUACCCCACGAUUAGAAGAUCCUUUGCUGAUGUUACCAGAAGAAACAGAAAAUACAGCAGAAAACACCCAGAGAUCAACCAGACCCAGAUACCAAACAGAUACCAAAGAAACCGGCACUCAAUAUAGAAGAAACCACUCCAAUAGAAAUAGUGGAAUGUUUGAAACACUCUGA